AUGCCUGCUACGAUCCAGAUCCCGAAAGAUGUGUUUGUCAGGCUCAAGCCUGCAACCGAUGGAACUUCCCUUCAAGGAAUAUUAUUCGGCCAACGUGAAGAAUGUCUAAACCGUGGACUUAUUGUGCACGUAAAGGUUGGUCUUUUAUCUUACGGAUCCAGCUCGCAAGACUUAGAUGGUACAAUCGCAAAGUUAAUGAACUGGAAGGGUCAGACAGUUCUUGGUUGGUUCGCUGCUCCUGGAUCAGAUGUUACAUCCCGUUUUGAAACAGCACGCAUAGCUUCAGCAUAUUUUCGCGCUAUCCAAACGUCAAUGCUGAAAGUUAUUGCAUAUAAUUAUCUCGGUCAACAUACAGAAGAGAGUGAAGGAGAAGAAAUUGUUCAAAUGAUCGUUCGAGAAGCAUGUGCCUUAUUUCAAGACCUUAUAGGAUUUGUUGUUCAAAGACUACCUAAAACGCCAAAUACUAUGACAUCUACCACAAUGAUGGACACAGAUUCGACAACGAGUCAAGCAUUUUUCUCGGCUCCAACAUUUAAUGAAGUGUUGAGUCAAUUUCAAAAUCUAAACCAAGAAACGAAAAGUGACAUUAUGGAAAUGAACAUUAUGCAAGGUUUAAUGGAAGGAGUGCAAUCCGUUAAUGAACUUUUCCCACUGUGGGGAAAUGGUCAAGGACCAGCGAAUAAAAAAUUAAGAACUAGGAGGGCUAGUACUACAGAUAUUGCCGAUGGUCCAUUAAGAAAGAGUUUAUAUGGAAAUAUUUCAGAAUUUUUAGAUGAUAUCCCCAAGAAAAGGAAAGGGUUUGAUAUCGAUGGUAAUAAUAGAAACGCAAUAAAAAAGGCAAAAACGCCCACUAGCACUAUUACAAAUGUGAUUCCGGCGCCAUUCAAAGUAAUUCCCGGUCAAGCUUCAGAAUAUUUUCAACAAGCUCACGGAGAGGAUAGUAUACACUACUCUUCUGAUUUUGACGAAUCCUUAAUGAAUUCCUACACCGCCUCAUUUUUUGCUCCGAUCAAUCUUGAACAACCACCUUCAUCUCUUAUUACCACAUUCGCUCAAGCUCGGAUAACGUCAGCUUACGACGCGAUUUCUCAUCAUAUUAAUUCACACACUCGAGAAAAAAUUUCCCGUUACGAGAAGUCGUGUCACGAAUAUGAACUAUUGCUAGAAAUACUUGAAGCGUUGGAUGGUGUUGGUGAUGAAGUGGCACUUGCCAAAAAAUUGGAAAAUUGGGAAGUAGACAUAGAAAGUUCAGAUAGUGAACCUCAAGAUUCCAAUAGUGAUAACGAUCGAGAAAACGAGAAUCCUGCCGAUACGUCAUCAAAAAUUAAAAAGAAUGCAGUCAAAUGUUGCGUUGAUAAUGAGAACAAAAGCGAAGAUGGAGAAAUGGAUGAUGAAACUUCAUUGAGUAAUAAUAAUGGAGUUGUGAACGGCGAGGUAAGUUCGUCAUCUUCUAUGGAGGAGGGCGAAAUUGAGGAAGAGGAGGAAUCUGGCAUUGCGUGGCAAUCCAAAAAUGAUUGUGAAAAUAAUAAAAAAAGUGAUUGUCCAUCAUCGUUUCCUUUUCAUAACAAAAAUAUCAAAUCCACAUCUCUCAACUUGUUGGAAGUUGGUAAAAAGAUUACUAACACCAGGGACGAUAGUCCUGGAUGGGCAUGGGAUGACGAAGAAAUUGUCGAUUAG